GCGUGCGCUUGGAGGCUGCCCGGAACCCAGGGGCUCAGGCACCUCCGGAGCUCCCAGAACCCGCCCGGAACCCGAGGACCGCGGCGCCGGUUUCCGGCUCUGGUGGCGGACUCUUGUCCUUGAGGGACGGUUUCGGAGGACGCCUAGGAAAACUGCUGCUGAGGGGACUCCGGCACUGGGCUUGGGGGAGACGGGUCUUACCUCUGGGGGCUUCAGGGACCUCGGGGGCUCCCCGUGGUAGCGAGUUGAACUGGGUUCAAGGGAGGGAGGUGGGACCGGCCCGGCUUGGGGGAUGCAACCGCCCUCUGGGAUUUUUUUGGGGGGAAUGGAGAACCUUUAAAGUGGGAGUGAGUGGGAACCCCCUUUUAACUUGGAGAGAAGCCUUUUAUCUUGGGGUGAGGGCCCCUUGAUCCCAGGAUGUGCACCGUUCUUUUUGAGGAUGAUCUUUUCUGAUUUCAGUGUGAGUUCCCCUCUUGAUUUUGAGGUGAGGGUUCCCUUUAUCUAAGGGGGCUCCAUCUUGAGGGACAGUGCCUCCUGAUAUUGUGGUGAGGGUUUUAUCUUGAAGGAAGGUCCCCCGAUCUCGGAGUGAGAGUCCCUUGUCCUUCAGGUGAAUAUCCCGCUUUAUCUCGGGGUGAGGGUCUCCUUUUAUCUUGGAGUGAGGCCCUGCUUUCCAGUUGAGGAUCCCUCUCUUUCUUGGGGGCAAGGUGGACCCCCUUUUUCUCGAGGUGAGGGAGCCCCAUGUGAGAAUCUCAGUCGUGGUGAGGGGGACCCAGCUCCAGGCUGGGGUCAGCGUCCUGUAUGGCAGAGGCCGGCCUGGAGGAGUUCCGCCGCCGCUGGCGAGAGGAGUUGGCCCUCCGCGAAGGCCCGGCCAAGAGGCGGCGGCGGCGGAGCGGGGAGGAGGCGGCGGGGACAGCCCGCGAGCCUGAGCCGGUGUCGCAGUGGAGCUUCUGUGGGGCUGUGCAGGCCGCUCCUGGGGCUCCAAGUACCCAGCGGCCGGGCGCUGCUACCGGCUAUUUCGAGCUGGCCCGGAGCCUCCUGGAGGGCGGGGAGAGCCCGCUAAUCCCGUCCUCACCUGGGAUUGCCGAGGAACCCUCCUGCUCCAGACAGGGACGGAUCCCCCCGACCCCCGAAGCCCCCAAGCCCGAGCACCCUGAAAGCGCUGGCGGAGACCAGCUGCUGGAGCAGCUCAUCCGAGACCUGAAUGAAAUCAACGAGAUCCCCUUCUUUGACAUCCAGCUACCUUAUGAACUGGCCUUGAAGAUAUUUCAGUACCUGGACAGGACUGAGCUGGGAAGGUGUGCUCAGGUGAGCAGGACGUGGAAGGUUCUUGCAGAAGAUGAAGUGUUGUGGUACAGAUUGUGCCAACAGGAAGGGUACCUUCCAGAUACCAGCAUCUCUGAUUGCUCCUGCUGGAAACUUGUCUUCCAAGAAUCCCGUGCCAAGGAACACACGUUAAGAACCAACUGGAAGAAUCGCAAUGGUGCUGUGAGCCAGUUGCAAUAUGAGCUUGGUAAAGUUCUAUGCGAUGUCCACUCUUGCGAUGGUGUUGUGAUUGCUGGAUAUACAUCAGGGGAUGUGCGGUUGUGGGACACCCGCACCUGGGACUACACAGCCCCCAUCCUGGAACCAAUGCAUGGCGCUGCUGAGCCUGGAUCCCAGCCACAUGUCUCCUUUGUGAGGAUAAACAACUCUCUGGCUGUAGCGGCUUAUGAGGAUGGAACUGUUAAUGUUUGGAGUCUGAUGAUUGGUCGUGAUCCUGUCCAUUGCUACCAGCACAACCUAAGAAUACAGGCAUUGGCACUCAGCCUAGAAGGUGCCACAAUUGCUACAGCAUCUGGCCUUGAGGUCAGAGUGGAAUGUCCCAAUGAGAAGGGAUAUUGGGAAACAGUGGCUCAUUUUGAAGUUCAGAAGUCGGUCAACUUUCUUCAUCUGAUUCCAGAUGCUGGAAGAUAUCCUGUGGCAGUUGUAGCUGCCGAAGAUGUUGUUUACCUUCUAAAAGCAGAGAACCCAAGCCGUGUUCUUCAUUCUGUAUAUGGCCAACCUGUCACUUGUCUGGAUGUUUCUUCAAAGGAGGCAGCCUUUGGCGUAAAAAGCUUAGGAUGGAUGAAUGAAGGAAACAAGAUACUACUGUACAGCCUGCAGACGAGUCAGUGCCUGGCCACUCUGGGCAGCUCUCUGGGUGACUUCACAUGCGUCAACCUCCGGAACAGUCCCCCACACCUGCUGGUCACAGGCAAUAAGGACAGGAGGGUGAGGGUGUAUGAUCUGCGCAACAACAGUGCCUCAUGUUCCCUCUAUGCUCACCAGUUGGGCGUUUCUGCCGUCCAAAUGGAUGACUGGAAAAUCGUAAGUGGAGGCGAGGAAGGCCUGGUUUGUGUCUGGGACCAACGGAUGGGCAACAAGCUAUGGGAAAUGCAUGCCAGACACCCUGUCCGUCACAUCUGGUUUAAUACGCACAGCCUAAUCACAGCCAACAUCCCCGAUGAGAAGAGCCCCCGCGGUGCCAGCAUUCUGGAUGAUGACUUGACUGCUCACCGAAGGCAUCGAGGAAUCAUCUAUGCCUAUGAGUUUUCCAUGGACCAGUUGGCUCUUGAAAGCAUUCUUCCAAUUUGCCGCUCAUCCUAUGAUGAAGUGGCUGGUUACAACUAUAACAUCGGCCUGGCUGUUCCUUAUGACAACAUUUAGGGAAUGAUCUCUUCACGUAGAAUGGAGAGAAUGGGAAGAACUUAGAGGGACUCCUUGUUGAGGUGUUAAAACCUGCAGAAACCUCAGGCUCUGCCAAACUGACCCCUGGCACCAUCUCCCUAGUUAUCAGAGGACAAGAGAGUUGAUGUGGGAGGGAAAGAAAACCCUUUCAAUCCUGGGCUCUUCUCGGCUGAAUGAGUCUGGUAGUGGCAUUAUAAAAGACUGCUGAGGUGCAGGAAGAAGUCAGGCUCCAGAAAUGUGUGGGCCUAAUAAAAAGAAAACUGGACCAUAGAAAGGAAUAAUUGAUACACUAAGCUUUUGGAUCCGUUCCAGAACAUCCAUUAUUUUAGCUCUCUGUAUUAUGGCCUCCAGCCUAAGCCAGGAGCUCUGGGGGGAUUGGCUCCCAGGACUGGCCCAGUUUUAUUCAGAAUAAAGAAUGUAUCAAUACAAUAACCUUUUAAAAAUACUAAAUCUUCAACUAAACUGUUUCAUGCUUUAGAUUAAUUUUUCUUCGUAAAAUAAGCAGCUGCACAAUGGAAUAGCUUAUCUGUUUUGGUCAAGGAAGGCCUUGGGUUUCCUGUGUUGUAAGAGGUCUUAUACAUUCAGGAUAGUUUUUAUCCUGAAAGCAGUCAUUUUUCGCUCAUGAAGACCUUUUGAUUUUUCAGAUGUCUCUGGAGAUGUUUGUUUGGGGAGAGAGAGACAGACAGACAGAGACAGACAGAUAGAGAGAAUGGAGAGACAGAGAGACAGACAGGGAGAGAGAGAGGGAGAGAGACAGAGAGAAGGAGAUUGAGAGCAGGGGAGAGAGGGAGGGAAAAAGAGAGUGGAUGGGGACAGAGAUAGCACAGCUGAGGACUGGGGCCCACUCCCCCCUUCCCGAGGCAGCAGCUUUGUUUUCUUUCAGAACUGCCUUCCUUUUUUGAGGUAGAUUUCUCUGAGUUACUUUCAUCCCAAAGAUUCUACCACCAUCAGCAUCAGCCACCUUAAGUAUUGGGUUGUUGGAGAAGUAUUUACCCUGUUGGUCAGGGGUUGGCUUGAUCCCCAAGUGAUCUUCCUUUAAUUGCACCUUACUUCUGCCACUGUUCUGCUCUCGUGCAUUGUCUUAACGAGAACUGCAAAUGGACCACUGGGCAGAAUAGUGUCUGCUUUUAAAAAGCAGGCCCCUGUGGCAUGAGUCUGCAUUUCAUCAUGGAUGUAGCUAUGCAGAUGAGUAAGGCAGCCACUGGCUUGAAUGAAAUUAGGUAGAAUCUGUAUUAAAUCAGGGGCUAGAGGAGAGUUUUACUAAAAAUUGAAACUGAACCCUGGAGUUCCAAGACAAUGUUUCACCCUCUACCAGCAACAGUACUAUUAAUGACUCAAUAUGGGCUGAAAUAAUAAAUUUUUCUACCAAUUUUGA